UGGUUGAGGUCGGAAACUAUUCGUGGAUGCACUGGGAAGAGAAUUGUUUACAAACAACAGUGUGAGAAACAUCAACGAUUCCGUUGCCGAACAUAAGCGAAAGUAGCUCGACGUUCUUUGCCUCGACAGUAUGGAGACUCACGACAGGCUUCAGCGAAUGUAAAACACACCGUUGAGUGAUAUCUUCAUCGACUGUGUUUGUGUGGGCAGAUAAAGCUGAGCAGGUGCCGUGUCUGAAGCCACACAGAGGUGUUGGCUGUGGGCAGUCGGCAGGACACAUGGCAGAUGAAAGCAACAAGCUGACACUGAGGCGCCUGGAGGCACCGAUCCACAAGUUCAUUAAAGUGGCUCUGCCCACGGACCUGGAGAGGCUGCAGAAACACCAAAAUAACAUACUAAAGUACCAACACAGCCAGCAAUGGGACCGCCUUCACCAGGAGCAUAUCAAUGCAAGCAGAACUGUUCAGCAACUGAGAGCUAACAUCAGAGAGAUGGAGAAGCUGUGCUCUCGGGUUCGUGCCGAAGACGCUUCUGCUCUGGAAAAGCUCGUCAGGCCGGUCAGGGACAGAGCAUUGGUCGCCGCACACGACUUCUUGCUUUUGCAUUCGAACCCUGCGCCUCAGCCGGCACCACCACCUGCUGCUCAGACAUCCAGCUAUGUGUCCAGCAGUUGCCACGCAGGCGACGAUGUGUGCUGGGAGCCGAUGUCUGAUAGGCAAAUGCAGCUCCAACUGCCAGAAAUUCCUGCUGAUCAGAGUGCAGCAGAGUCCUGGGACAACCUGGAAGAGGAUCUCAAGGAGCUGAGUGGUUUGGUGACGGAGUUCUCUCUACUUGUCCACUCCCAGCAGGAGAAGAUUGACAGCAUAGAGGACAACGUCAACACAGCCACUGCCAACGUGGAGGAGGGGACCAAGAGCCUGGGGAAGGCGGUGGGCUACAAGUUGAUGGUGCUGCCAGUUGCCGGGGCGCUGCUGGGCGGCGUACUAGGAGGUCCACUUGGGAUGCUGGCUGGGUUCAAAGCGGCGGGGGUGGCUGCUGCUCUGGGAGGGGGCGCCCUGGGGUACGCAGGCGGCAACCUGGUCCAGAAAAAUCGCAAGGCCCGAUUGGAUCUACAGAUGAAACAGCUGACGGCACCACCACCAGAGUACAGCAAGGAAAAGUGAUGUGGUUAGUCCUCUGACCCCAUCCGCCGACUCAUCGUUGAGGUUGACCAAUCAGAAGAACUAAGCUUUUGCGAGACUCAGUAUUUCACUUUGACAUCUCAGACUUCUGGUACCAAGCACUGCUGUGAAGCUAAAAUAUAUUUACAGCCUUACCAAACAGUCUGAUACUUUGUUGCUUGUGUGAAUAGUGUUUCUGUGUGGACAUUAUUCUAAUUCUGUACACACAACAAAUUUAUUCUGAACACAGCAAAGCUGUUAUUCUUCUACAACUGUUAGUGUGUGUUAGGGCCGGGCUCACGUGGGCUGUGGGCCCCUCUUACUGAAGAAGUCCUUGGAGCCAAAUAACUCAGUUUACAGACCCAACUAUUUUGUAAAAUUCAAGUAACAUGUAGUGUCCCUCAAGAUCACACUUUUUUUUUUUUUUAAACAAGAGUUUCCUAGUGUACCUAUAAUCCUAUAUCAUGAAGUUGUUCAUGCAGGAAAUAAUGUGGCAAUCUGAUAAGCUGUACUACUGAGACUGUAUUAAGAAAGAUCUGAGGAGAAAACGUUUUUUUUAUUUGUCUAACAUCACUGUGGUGUUACAUUUACUUAAUAAUGUAAAUUGUAGUGUCACUGCUUCAAGUUUAUGUAACUUAUACUCUAUAUACAUGCAGAUGUUUUUGGCAAAUGUGAUGAGCUGCUUUCAGACAUUCUGUGAGGUGGGUGAGAACGCAUUGUCCAGAACUUUUCCUGCCAGCCCCCUAGUAAGAUUUCCAGAAAAUGUCUGAGUGAGCCCAUGUUAGAGUACAGCAGGCGCUCUACCUACACACCACCAGUGGCCUCAAUGUUCCAGAAAUCCAUCUGGCUCGGACAAUCACCCAUUGCGUUCUUUAUAUGAAUGGCAAACUUCGGAAAAUAUCUGGACCCACUUUUCCGGAGUUGAGGUCUGAAAACAGCUCGAGCCAACAUUGCACAAAGAGCACCCAAGUGCCAGCGCCCGAAUCAUAUGUAUUGAUUACACUGCUGCUCGUUUUCUGCCAUAUAAAACUUUUCCUU